UCAGCCUCUUUGGUCACCGAGGUAGCCACUGCUGCCGUCCUUGCACUUUGAAGUCUAGGCUGCUGGACAUUCCUUGGAAUUACACAGUACAUCACAGAGAACAGGAGACACGAGCCACUGUCUGCGCCUCCCUUUAUCUGUCCAUUUGAGGCGUCUCGCCCACCCCCUCCCUCCUCUUUCCGCCUUGCGCGAGCUCACCCUCACUCCGCCCUCAGACUCGCUCGUGCUCUUCCCCCAGCUUCGCGCUUCAUUCCUUUCGCGCAGUAACUCGGGUGGCCGCUGUGUAGACUGGGGCUCCUGGAUGGAUGUGAGUGGCUGUAACGACGGCACUUUUACUUGUUAAUGGAACUUGCCUGCUUUCAUGCUGAGGUGGUAGGAGUCAGGCUGCAGCCUAAGAAAAUUAAUUGGGAAAGAUGAUCGAUGCAGAAAUGAGGCACACAAUGAAGCAUAGGGAUUUCUCUAUCAAGACAGUUCUAACUCAGACUUCCCACUAGCUUGGAUAUUAAGCAUCAUAUUGAUUCUGACAACAUCUAGUCAUAAAUUCUGGUACCAGAACAAGCUACCAAAUAUGUGGAAUACGUGUUGUUUACAGACUUUUCUUGUUUGCCUGGGGAUGGCAUGUCUUUGUUAUACUGCUCCAUCACAGAGAUCAAAGCAUUUACGGCCAUCACUCCAUGCACAUUAUGAAGGAGCAAAGGAAGGUCAGGUCCUUCAUCGAUCGAAGCGAGGCUGGGUGUGGAAUCAGUUUUUUGUCAUAGAAGAAUACACUGGUCCUGAUCCUGUACUAGUUGGAAGGCUUCAUUCAGAUGUUGACUCUGGUGAUGGUAAAAUUAAAUACAUCUUAUCAGGUGAAGGAGCAGGAACUAUUUUUGUUAUUGAUGAUAAAUCAGGAAACAUCCAUGCAACAAAGACACUUGAUCGAGAAGAACGGGCCCAAUAUACUCUCACAGCACAAGCAGUGGACAGAAUAACCAACACUCCUUUGGAACCUCCAUCAGAAUUUAUUGUUAAGGUUCAAGACAUAAAUGAUAAUCCUCCUGAAUUUCUGAAUGGACCGUAUCAUGCAAAUGUGCCAGAAAUGUCAAAUGUGGGUACUUCCGUUAUUCAGGUGACAGCUUCAGAUGCUGAUGAUCCCACCUAUGGAAACAGUGCAAAACUUGUUUAUAGUAUUCUUGAAGGGCAGCCAUACUUCUCAGUUGAGCCACAAACAGGAAUUAUCAGAACUGCACUUCCAAACAUGGACAGAGAAGCGAAGGAGGAAUACCAUGUAGUGAUACAAGCAAAAGAUAUGGGUGGACACAUGGGUGGACUGUCGGGGACUACCAAAGUUACUAUUAUGCUUACAGAUGUAAACGAUAACCCACCGAAGUUCCCUCAAAGUGUAUAUCACAUGUCAAUAUCAGAAUCAGCAGUUCCAGGAGAAGUUGUGGGACGACUGAAGGCCAAAGAUCCAGACCUUGGACAAAAUAGCAUAUCAACAUACACAAUUCUUAAUGGAGAUGGCUUAGAUGUAUUUGAAAUAUCUACUGAUUCGCAAACACAAGAAGGAGUGGUAAAGCUUAAUAAGCCUGUGGACUUUGAAGCCAAAAAAUCGUACAGUAUAAAGGUAGAGGCAGCCAAUAUACCAGAGUACAUUGAUUCUCGGUAUACUGGAAGGGGAACAUUCAAAGAUACAGCAACGGUGAAGAUUGCAGUCGAUGAUGCCGAUGAGCCUCCGGUUUUUAUCUUGCCAAGUUACAUGCUUGAGGUAAUGGAAAAUGGAAAGAAUGGCACCAUUGUUGGAAGAGUACACGCCAAAGACCCCGAUGCAGCAAACAGCCCCUUGACGUAUUCAAUUGAUCGCCAUACUAAUCUGGACAGACUUUUCUUCAUCAAUCCAGAAGAUGGUAUCAUUAAAACAACAAAACCUUUAGACAGAGAAGAAACUUUAUGGCACAACAUUUCAGUUAUCGCAACAGAAGUCCAUAAUCAUAUGGUGACCAGAGUUCCUGUAGCAAUAAGAGUUCUUGAUGUGAAUGACAAUGCUCCAGAAUUUUCACAGCCAUAUGACGCAUUUGUAUGUGAAAACGCUGAACCACACCAGAUUAUUACAAUCAUUAGUGCUACAGACAGAGACGAAACAGCCAAUGGCCCAAGAUUUUUCUUCAGUUUGCCUCCUGAAAUUCAUAAUAAUCCUAAUUUCACAGUCAGUGACGAUAAAGACAGUACUGCAAAAGUAUAUGCCAGGCGAAGUGGGUUUAAUCGGCAAAAACAAGACCAGUUCUUGCUUCCAAUUCUCAUCAGUGAUGGAGGAAAUCCUGCCUUAACAAGCACAAAUACACUUACCAUUAGUGUCUGUGGUUGCAGUAUUGAUGGAAGUCGAAAGUCUUGCAAUGCUGAACCCUAUAUACUAACAGCUGGACUUAGCACUGGGGCUCUGAUAGCAAUUCUUGCUUGCAUUGUCAUUUUAUUAGUGAUUGUGGUUCUGUUUGUCACAUUGAGAAGACAAAAGAAGGAACCAUUAAUUGUUUUUGAAGAAGAGGAUGUACGGGAAAAUAUUAUCACAUACGAUGAUGAAGGUGGAGGGGAAGAAGAUACAGAGGCAUUCGAUAUUGCUACGCUGCAGAACCCUGAUGGCAUCAAUGGAUUUUUGCCCCGUAAAGACAUCAAACCUGAGCUACAAUAUUUUCCAAGGCCAGGACUUAGGCCUGCUCCAAACAGUGUUGAUGUUGAUGACUUCAUUAAAACAAGGAUUCAGGAGGCGGACAAUGAUCCGACUGCCCCUCCUUAUGAUUCGAUCCAAAUCUAUGGAUACGAAGGAAGAGGCUCAGUGGCUGGUUCACUUAGCUCAUUAGAGUCUGUCACAACAGAGUCAGACUUGGAUUAUGAUUAUUUACAAACCUGGGGACCCCGAUUUAAGAAACUAGCAGACUUGUAUGGUUCCAAAGACACGUAUGAUGAUGAUUCUUAACAUUAGCUUAAAGUUGGCCUUAUGACUGUGUCAAAUUCUGUGAAGACUGCAAAAACACAAAGAAGACUUCCACAGAAAUUACUAUUGAUGUGUCUAGUAGCAAAGAUUCCAUUUAUUUGGAAUUCUGAAUAAUACACAGGCAGGAUUGUUUCCAUGUUGUGGAAAUACCAGUGACAAAUACAGUAAAGGAAGAUCCCUUUGAAAACAAACAGUUGCCUUACGAUGGGCACCAACUUUGUCACAUAGUCAUUUUCAAAGGCAGGGCCCAUAAGUUUAAGUUGUGACUGACAGCUUAUAAUAAUGAGAAAUCUUGUCUGUUGUUUGACAUAUCUCUUUCAGUCCUUUUGCUGGAGAAGCUUCCAUAAAAUAUAAGAAUAAACAGUUCUGAGCUGUAGUUUCGCCUUAAUCAAUGGACACUGAGAGCAGUGGAAUUUUAAACUUGAAUAUAUAAUAUUAAAUAAAAACUUACAUCUAUAAAAUGUAUGUACAGUACAACAUACAGUUACAGUGUGUCCUGAACAUCAGACUUGUUAAAGCUGAUUCGUGUAAAUCCCUUUUGCUUAUACUGUGUCUAACUAAUAUGUGCCAGAUAUAAUUCUGUCUUGUUGCAGUGAGAGGCGCCCAGUUUAUAUGUCAUUUUUAAUGCAUCUAUUUGUACAAUUUUAAAGUUCUUAUUUUAGUAUACAUAAAAAAAUAUCAGUAUUCUGACAUGUAAGAAAUGAUACAGCAUCACACUUAUAUUUUAUGAACAUUGUAACAUUGCUUUAAUAUGUGCUUCUAUAUAAGAAGCAAGACUUUUAAAUAAAAUGACUCUUUUUUAAUAAUUUUUUUCUUA